AUGGCCAAGGACGAGAACGGCUCGGCCCCGGAUGGUGCCGGCAAGGAGGAGGGCGAGGCGGCGGCGGCGGCGGCGCGCAGCCGCAGCCGCAGCAAAUCCCUAGAAGCCGCCGAGGAGGAGGAGGGGCGUUCGAAGGGGAGGCGACACCGGGGCCACCAUGGCAAGUCAAAUAGGCGUGGCGAGGAGGAGGAGAGCGAGAGCUCCGACGAGGACUCGGGGGAGCGGCGUAAGCGGCGGAGGAAGGAGAAGGAGCGGCGGCGGCGGAGGAGGAGGAGCCGCAGCGAGAGCUCGGGGUCGGAGUCGGAGUCAGAGUCUGAGUCGUCCUACUCGGGCUCCAGCGCGGAGUCUGAAAGCGAGUCGGAGUCGGAGGAGGAGAGGCGAAGAAGGAGAAGAGGAAGAGGAAGGAGAAGGAGGGAAAAGGAUAAGAAGAAGAAGAAGCGGAAGGAUGAGAAGAAGGAUUUGGGGAAGAAGGCUGCAGUGACCAACUCGUGGGGCAAGUAUGGCAUCAUCCGUGAGGUCGAUAUGUGGAACAAGCGACCAGAGUUCACCGCAUGGUUAUUAGAAGUCAAGCAGGUUAAUUUGGAGGCACUGGCUAAUUGGGAAGAAAAACAAAUGUUCAAGGAAUUCAUGGAAGACCACAACACAGCUACGUUUCCAUCAAAAAAAUAUUAUGACUUGGAUGCUUACCAUCAACGGAUGAUGGAGAAAGAGAAAAGGAAUGGUUUAAAGAAUGCGGGUUCGGUAGCAGUCCGUACAGUAUUUAAUGAUGAGGAAGUGCGACGGUUAGAACUGUUGCAAGAACGUGAACGCCGAAAGGAGGAAGAAGUGACAGCUCUAAAACGCUCCAUGCAAACUGGAAUGGCUCAAGCGAUGAAGCAGCAGUCCCUUCUACGCGAGGAAAUGAUGUUACAGUACAAGUUGGGCAAUUUCGAGGCCGCAGCUGCAAUCCAGAAAAGGUUGGAUCCUGAUGCGCCCCCUCAAUAG